AUGAGGGGGCGACGAGCCACCGGCGGAUCCGGGGAGAGGGAGGCCAGGGCGGCGCAUCCAUCGGUUGGGGCGCGUGAGGUGAGGGGAGAUUUUAGAGGUGGCGGCAGCGGAGGAGGGCGGGUGGUGCCAGGUUGGAGGGUGAGGGCGGUUGGGACGACGUCGGGAGGGGGCGUGGAGGCACGGAGCGAGGUGGAGGAGGAUGCGGUGGUGGGGCCGUGCUCGUCGUCGUGGCGAAGAGGAUGGGGGCAUGGGGGCUGUGUAGGUGGUGCUGGCGGUGGCGCGCUGGAGCGAGGGCAGAAGAGGGACGUCCAGCACACCAGCGCCGUCCGACGCCAAUCGAAUGGCUUCAAAUCCUCCUACGCGCUCGCUGUGGCCCAGCAGUGCUCUGCGCCAUGCGGCCCAGUCCGGCCUGUAUUCGGGUGGAGGGAAAAAGCCAAUGAUGCCGGAAUUGGACCAAAGGCAGCACAUGGGUUGGCAAGUCGCCAAGUUGGUGGAUCACUUAAUCUUACCUACACCCUUCGUGAUCACAAGAACUAUUUGCGGAGCAAGCGCCAACGAGAGAUGACAUAUGGUCAAGCAGCAAACAUAUUCUGGGCUGAUGCUAAAAUGAUCACUGACUAUGCACAUUUUGGUGAUGUUGUUAGUUUUGACACUACAUUUGGAACAAACAAAGAGAGCAGGCCUUUUGGCGUGUUUGUUGGAUUCAAUAAUUUUAGAGAAACAGUAGUUUUUGGUGCGGCUCUUAUGUACGAUGAAACAUUUGAGUCAUUCAAGUGGCUCUUUGAGACCUUUCUAAAAGCACAUAAUGGCCGGCAACCUAAAACAAUGUAUACAGAUCAAGAUUUUGCAAUGGGAAAAGCAGUUGGAGAAGUAUUUCCAGAAGCAUGGCAUGGACUGUGCACCUUUCACAUUAUGCAAAAUGCUGCCAAACAUCUAACUCAAGAGAAGAAUGAAGAAUCAAGUAUUCUCUCAUAUUUUAGCGCAUGCAUGUAUGAGUACGAGGAUGAGGCAAAAUUUGAAGAGGAAUUUGACAUCAUGAGGAAAAAGGUGAGCAAGCAAACUUGGUUGCAUAGUAUAUACAAGUUAAAAGAAAAAUGGGCUGAAUGUUAUAUGAAGGAUGUUUUCACACUAGGAAUGAGAAGUACACAAUUGAGUGAGAGUUUGAACAAUGACCUGAAAAUUCAUUUCAAAUCUGAUUUUGAUAUCAUUCGGUUUCUUAAGCAUUUUGAAAGGGUGGUGCAAGGGAAAAGAAAUAAUGAACUGAAUUCGGAAUUUGAUUCAAGGAAAAAAUUACCUAGAAUCAAAAUGAGGACACCUAUGCUGUUGCAAGCUAGCAAGCUUUACACACCUGUUAUAUUCGAAGCUUUUCAAGGUGAAUAUGAAAGAUCCAUGGCAGCAUGCACCAAGGCAUUGGAUGGAAAUAAUGAAUAUCUUGUAGCAAUUGCGAGUCUUGAGGGAGAUUUGACCUUUGAGGAGGAGUACAAAGUUAUUGGUGAUCCUUUGGAGCAAACAGUCGUAUGCAGCUGCAGGCAAUUCAACAGAAUUGGGAUAUUGUGUGCCCAUGCUCUGAAAGUUCUUGAUUUGAUCAACAUCAAGUCACUGCCGACUCAAUACAUACUAAAGAGAUGGACACGAGAAGCACGGAGUGGAACAAUACAAGACAACCAAGGAAGAAACAUAAUUGAGAAUCCAAGGUUGGAUGUUAUGCUUCGCUAUAAAUUUCUAUCCCACAAAUUUCUCAAUUUGGCACAUCGAGCCGCCAGCUAUCCAGAAUGCAGCUUGUUAGUAAACAAUGCACUUGACAUGCUUAGCAAGCAAGUUGAAGAACAAAUCAAUGCAUGUACUAGUACUGCUGAUCCAUGUACAGUCUGCACAGAUGUUAUGCCUCCAAAUGACUUGUUGAGUAAUGCACGCCUAAAGAAAAAGGAGGUCCGCAUAAGAGUUUCAAAGCGAAAAAGAACUUGGCUUGAUAAGAAGCGCAAGACUAGGAAAAAAGGACAAAGUAAAAAAGGAAAAAGUUCAAUGGAACAAGAGGCUGGGGAAGAAGCACUCCAUGUUGGUGCAGCAACACAAGUGGCAAAUGAUAGUGCUUCUAAGGUCAAGGAGGAUUCUGGAGAAUACACGGUCCUUAAUAGCUUUACUCAACUCUUGAUGGGACCAGUCAAUGAUGAUCUUCUUACUGGAGAAUUAUUUUAG